CAGAGGGUGGAACCCAGGCAGUGAGAACUAGCCCAUUCCCUGUCCCACAACACCAGCCUGACAGUGCCACAGCUCUGUCUCUCCCUGCACCCAUUUCUUGCCACUAAGGUGUCUCGCAGUGCCUCAGAGAGGAGGGCGAGCUCGGCCCUGCCAGCUGCUCCUGAGACAGCCUGCCAUGCCGGAGCACCUUGCCCAAGGAUUGCUGAUGCCAUGCUCUGCCCGUGUGCCACUCUGGAGAGGGCUGAGCCACUGCUGCCUAGCGGGUUUGGCAGCGAAGACCAGAGCCCAGCUUCCUUCCCUAGGGCUGGCAGUCCGGGGAUGCUGAGCAGCACCACGAUGUAUGGACGCUACACACAGGACCUGGGCACCUUCGCCAAGGACGAGGCAGCUCGGCUGCGGCUGCAGCAGAGAGAUGGAGAAGGCGACUCCCCCCGGCCCCGCCGGCCCUCGGAGCUGCUGGAGUACACCCAGGGUCGCUGUGCCCCCUGCCGUGUCUGCGCCUUGCAGUGCCAGCGGUUCCUCAUCUCCAAGGUGGGUGAGGACUGGGUCUUCCUCAUCCUUCUGGGGCUGGUCAUGGCGCUGGUCAGCUGGGCCAUGGACUUCGCCAUUGCCACCUGUCUCCAAGCCCAGAAAUGGAUGUACGGGGGCCUGGACACCAAUGUGCUGCUGCAGUACCUGGCUUGGGUCACCUACCCUACUGUUCUCAUCACCUUCUCAGCUGGCUUCACUCAGAUCCUCGCCCCUCAAGCCGUGGGUUCAGGAAUCCCUGAGAUGAAGACCAUCCUGAGGGGUGUUGUGCUGAAGGAGUACCUCACCUUCAAGACCUUUCUGGCCAAGGUCAUCGGGCUGACAUGUGCCUUGGGCAGUGGCAUGCCCCUGGGCAAAGAGGGUCCCUUUGUCCACAUUGCCAGCAUGUGUGCAGCUCUGCUCAGCCGCUUCCUCUCCCUCUUUGGAGGCAUCUAUGAGAAUGAGGCGAGGAACAUUGAAAUGUUGGCGGCUGCCUGCGCAGUUGGUGUCGGCUGCUGCUUCGCCGCCCCAAUUGGAGGCGUCCUCUUCAGCAUCGAGGUCACCUCUACCUUCUUCGCUGUCCGCAACUACUGGCGUGGCUUUUUCGCUGCCACCUUCAGUGCCUUCAUCUUCCGUGUCCUCGCCGUCUGGAACAAGGAUGAAGAGACGAUCACUGCACUGUUCAAAACUCGCUUCCGCCUCGACUUCCCUUUUGACCUACAGGAGUUGCCAGCCUUCGCCGUCAUUGGGAUCGCAAGCGGCUUCGGGGGUGCGCUCUUCGUCUACCUCAACCGCAAGAUUGUGCAGUUCAUGCGCCGCCAGAAGACCAUCAACCGCUUCCUCAUGAAGAAGCGUCUGCUCUUUCCUGCCCUGGUGACUCUGCUCAUCUCCACGCUGACCUUCCCACCUGGUUUUGGACAAUUCAUGGCUGGCCAGCUCACCCAGAAGGACACUCUGGUGACACUAUUCGACAAUCAGACGUGGGCCAAGCAGGGACUCAGUGACGAGUUUGAAUAUUUGGGCAUCCUGGAAGCUUGGCAUCACCCUCACUCCAACGUCUUUGUCACCCUUGUUGUCUUCAUCCUCAUGAAGUUCUGGAUGUCAGCCCUGGCAACCACCAUCCCAGUGCCCUGCGGAGCCUUCAUGCCUGUCUUCGUCAUCGGGGCAGCUUUUGGGCGCCUGGUUGGAGAGAGCAUGGCAGCCUGGUUCCCUGAUGGCAUCCACACCAACAGCAACACGUACCGCAUAGUGCCAGGUGGCUAUGCCGUGGUGGGGGCAGCCGCCCUGUCGGGAGCCGUCACCCACACAGUGUCCACAGCCGUUAUCGUCUUCGAGCUGACAGGGCAGAUCUCACACAUCCUGCCUGUCAUGAUCGCUGUCAUCUUGGCCAACGCCGUGGCCCAGAGCCUCCAGCCGUCGCUCUAUGACAGCAUCAUCCGUAUCAAGAAGCUGCCCUACCUCCCGGAGCUGGGCUGGGGCCACCACGAGAAAUACAACGUGCGGGUGGAGGACAUCAUGUUGCGAGACAUCCACUACAUCACCCUCAACUGCAAGUACCGGGACCUGCAGCAUGUGCUGCAGAGCACCAAAAUGAAAAGCCUGCCGCUGGUGGAGUCUGCUGAGUCCAUGAUCCUGCUGGGCUCCAUCGAGAGGGCGCAGGUAGGGGCUCUGCUCAGCCAGCAGCUCAGCCCCCAGCGCCGGCUCCUGGCCCUGCGGCAGAAGGUACUGGCUGAGGACGGACACCGGCUUUCCGAUGCCAGCAUUCGCUUCCAGAUCAGCACAGAGACCUCCUCGAGUGUCCCCACCCGUGUCACUCCCCGCAAGCCCCUGAAGCCAGCACUGAAGCGGGUGCCCAGUGGCCCAGCCGAGAGCCUCCAAGCUGGCACCACUGACCACACUGGCAUUGCUCUCAAGAACCUCUUCUGUGCCAACACCACCACAGAGCCCACUGAGGAGGAGAUGGAUCCAGCUGACAGGAUGACCCCAGCACAGAUUCUGGAGUGGGAGGAACAGCAGCUGGACCAGGUGGUAGACUUCAGCAGCGCCAAGAUUGACCCUGCACCCUUUCAGCUUGUGGAGCACACCUCACUGCACAAGACCCACACUAUCUUCUCACUGUUGGGUCUGGACCAGGCGUACGUCACCAGCAUCGGGCGCCUGGUGGGCAUGGUGUCCCUCAAGGAGCUGCGCAAGGCCAUCGAGGGCUCCCUGACAGGCAAGGGGGUGAAGGUUCGCCCACCGCUCGCCAGCUUCCGAGACAGCACCGCCAGCACCAGCGAGCCUGACACCACGGCCCUGCGCCAGCUCUGGGACCGCCACCAGCACCACUCCAUGCCCCGCGAGGCCGGUCCCAGGGGUGAAGAUGAGGACAACACCCCCAAGGGCUAGUGAAACAGGGUGUUCCCCAUUGUGUCCUCAGGUGCUGCAGGGACCCUUGGCAGGUGCCAGGGGAUGUUCUCGCUGUGCCCACUCAUAUUGGGCUUGGCAUAAGGGUGGGAACUCUCAAUCCAGUGCCUCUGCCCCUUCCCUGUGCCAGGGACUGACCAGGUGUCCUCCAACCUGCCCAUGCUCCCCACCUCCCUGCCAGCUCUUGGGGUUUCUCACUUCACUACCUCUUCCCACCUCAGCCCCUAGUGUUCUCUAGCACAGCCAUCGCCCUCAACCCCUUGCCAACAGGUGCCACAGUGUCCCUGCUCCGGGUGGCAUGAAGACAUGAGUGGGCACUGCCCCCCUCCUCAGCACCUUAUGGCUGGGAAGCAGGGGGGGCCUUCUGCCUCUGCUUUUCACACCCAUCUCCAUGUAAAUACAGAGAUUUUUAUAUUAAUUUAAUAAAAGGACUUUAUAAACAGA